AUGGAUGCGCCCGAGCCAGACACCCCUUUCGCCGCCGUGAGCGCGCAGACCUCGCGGAUUGGACGAAUGUACCAAGCCUACCUCGACAAGUCCACCCCCUUCACCACCUACCGCUGGGCCGGCACCGGCGUACUCUUCCUCUUCUUCAUGCUGCGGAUAUUCCUCGCGCAAGGCUGGUACAUCGUCGCCUACUCCCUAGGCAUCUACCUCCUCAACCUCUUCCUCGCCUUCAUAUCCCCCAAAUUCGACCCCUCGCUCGAGGCCGACGAGGGCAUGGAAGACGGCACCAGCGGGCUGCCCACAAACGAGGAGGAGGAGUUUCGCCCGUUUGUGCGACGGCUGCCGGAGUUCAAGUUCUGGUAUUCGGCCACCAAGGCUGUCGCGGUGGGCUUUGUGUGCAGCUGGUUCGAGAUCUUUAAUCUGCCGGUGUUUUGGCCUGUGCUGGUGGUGUAUUGGUUGAUCCUGUUUUGUUUGACGAUGAGGAGGCAGAUUCAGCACAUGAUCAAGUACCGAUACGUCCCGUUUACGGUUGGAAAGAAGAGGUUUGCUGGUGGCAGCAAAUGA